CUUCCCUUCCGUUCCCCACGAACCCGCACCGCCGAAUCCCCCGGCCCCGCCGCUCCCCACCCACCCAUUCCGCGAUUCUCCCACCGGAAACGGCGGGGAGCGCCAUGGCGUACAUGUGCGCGGACAGCGGCAACCUCAUGGCCAUCGCGCAGCAGGUGAUCCAGCAGCAGCAGCAACAGCAGCAGCAGCACCAGAGGCACCACCACCACCACCACCACCACCUGCCACCGCCGCCGAUGCAGCUCCCGCCGCGCCAGGCGCCGCCGAUGCCGCCGGCCCCGGCGCCCCCGCACGGCCAGAUCCCGGCGACCGCGCUGCCGUACGGCGGCGGCGCGUGGCCCCACUCGGAGCACUUCUUCUCCGACUCGUUCGUCGGGGCGUCCGCGGCCGACGCGGUGUUCUCGGACCUCGCCGCCGCCGCGGACUUCGACUCCGAUGUGUGGAUGGACAGCCUCAUAGGGGACCCGCCGUUCGCAGACUCCGACCUCGACCGCCUCAUCUUCACCACCCCGCCGCCGCCCGUCCCCGUCCCCGCCCCGGCUGCGGCCCCCGUCGACGUGGCGGCCCAGCCCGGGGCCGCAGCUCCGGCGCCGCUUCCCCAGACUGCCGCCGUGGCCGCGCCGGCAGCGUGUUCCUCCCCGAGCUCCCUGGACGUGUCCUGCUCCGAGCCCGUCCUCCAGUCCCUCCUCGCCUGCUCCCGUACCGCCGCCGCUGACCCAGCGCUCGCUGCCGUGGAGCUCGUGAAGGUGCGCGCCGCCGCCUCCGACGACGGCGACCCCGCGGAGCGCGUGGCGUUCUACUUCGCGGACGCACUCGCCCGCCGCCUCGCGUGCGGAGGCGGGGCGCAAACCUCGACGUCGUCGGACGAUCGGUUCGCCUCCGACGAGCUCACGCUCUGCUACAAAACGCUCAAUGACGCCUGCCCCUACUCCAAGUUUGCGCACCUGACCGCCAACCAGGCCAUCCUGGAGGCCACGGGCACGGCGACCAAGAUCCAUAUCGUUGACUUCGGGAUCGUGCAGGGUAUCCAAUGGGCGGCGCUGCUCCAGGCACUCGCCACUCGCCCCGAGGGGAAGCCAUCCCGGGUACGUAUCUCCGGUGUACCCUCACCGUACUUGGGGCAGAAGCCUGCGGCCUCCCUCGCCGCAACCAGUGCCCGUCUCCGCGACUUCGCCAAGCUUCUUGGGGUGGACUUUGAGUUUGUUCCAUUGCUGCGGCAAGUGCACGAACUGGAUCGGUCGGAUUUCUCUGUUGAGCCUGAUGAGGCCGUGGCAGUCAAUUUCAUGCUCCAGCUGUAUCACCUUCUUGGCGACUCCGAUGAGCCGGUGCGGCGAGUCCUCCGGCUCGCCAAAUCACUUAGUCCAUCAGUAGUUACCCUCGGGGAGUAUGAGGUUAGUCUGAACCGAGCUGGGUUCGUCGACAGGUUUGCCAAUGCACUGUGCUAUUACAAGCCAGUGUUCGAGUCACUGGAUGUGGCGAUGGCACGGGACUCUCCAGAGAGGGUGAGGGUGGAGCGAUGUAUGUUUGGGGAGCGCAUUCGGAGGGCUGUUGGACCAGAGGAAGGCGCGGAGAGGACAGAUAGGAUGGCAGCUAGCAUGGAGUGGCAGACGCUGAUGGAGUGGUGUGGCUUUGAGCCCGUCAAGCUCAGCAACUAUGCCAGGAGCCAGGCUGAUUUUUUGCUUUGGAACUACGAUGCAAAGUACAAGUAUUCACUUGUUGAGCUACCACCAGCAUUCUUGUCCCUGGCAUGGGAGAAGCGGCCGCUCCUCACCGUGUCUGCUUGGCGGUGAGUCCUUUUUGGUGCAUUGGCGUUGUUGUAUGUAGCAUUGUCAUAGAAUCAGGGAAGAAAAGAUUAGAAUUGGUUUUGCAUUGUAUUAGCUUCCUCCCAAGAUGAUGACAAUGACUAGAUGGUAUAAUUGGGGGAUUUAGUUUACUUGUUUGAUAUUUGUUCUACUACAUGAUGAGUAGCUAGAGCAAAUUUAGUGCUGAUUGUAUAGAAAUUCAAAGUAGGUGGAGUAGAUUGCUUGCUCA